AUAUAAAAAAUAUUAAAAAAAAAUUUCCUCGUUAAAUAUCCCUUUCAGAAACAAAAUUUUUCAUUUUAAUUUUAUUAAACGAUCUGAAAAAUACGACAGGGAAUAAACAUAAAUCGUUGAUGACAUACUUCGUAAGCCAAAGAGGGGCCAAGAAUACUCUUUAUUUUCUACACUUUGUCGUAGACAGGAAUUGUCAGAGAAUUGUCUGACUAUUAUUCUCUCUUUCUCUCUCUCUCUCUCUCUCUCUCUCUCUCUCUCUCUCUCUUUCUCUAUCUCUCUCUUUUUCUUCACUCUUUCCAAUGCUCUCGAGUUUUCCCUCGUGACUCUUAUCCGUGAUGUCGUAAAGGUCACCUCAUUGUGACGAAUCGACCAAUGCACAUGUCGGACAUAAAAUAAGUGUUUGCCCUUUUUCGUAAAAUUGGACGAGUAAUUUUUUUUUUUGCUGAUCGAAGAAGAAAAGAAAUCUUCUCUCGCUUUUUUUUUUUAUGAAAAUAAGCAUUUCAUUUCAAAAAAAAAAAAGAAAAAAAAAAAAAAAGAAAAAGCAAUAAUGAAUGAACAGAAAUUAUGAUCGAAAUUGAAUGAAUUUUUAUGCAAGAAGCAUUGAUCGAUUCGAUGUCAAUAUUAUUAAAAAAAAAAAAAUAAAUAAAAAAAAAAAAUUAUCUAACAAAUAUAUUCACAUUUUUCUCGUCGUCGUUAAUUUUUAGAAAAUUUUCGUGAGAAAACGUGAUUAUUGCUUUCUGUAAAAAAAAAAAAAAAAAAAAGACAAACAAAAGAAAAACUAUAAACUGUGAUCGAAAAUUGAACGAAAUAUUUCGACAUUUCGAUUGAUUCGAGGAUCAAUUUUUAAUUUCGAUAAAACAAUGAAAAAAGAAAGAAAGAAAGAAAGAAAGAAAAAACAAAAGCAAACAAAAAAGAAAGUAAACAAUAGCCCAAGUUCACGUUUGUGUCGUUCUUGUUAACUUUAGAAAACGUACGAGGGGGAAAAAAAGGAAAAGGGGAAAAGAAGAGGAAAAAGAAGAAGAAGAAGAAGAAGAAGAAGAAGAGGAGGAGGAGGAGGAGGAGGAGGAGAAAAAAGAAAGAAAGAGAAAAAAGAGAAGACAGUGAGAAAAGAGAAAGGGGGAGGGGAGGAAGAAGAGGACAAAAGGAAAAAAAGUAAAAGGAACGUAUAAAAGAAGACUAAAGUAGUGAAAGACAUGUGCAAUGGGUAAAGUUCAAAGAUCGAAGGGACGGUACGAAGGGCAAGGACGGGCAAGUUACAGAAGUCAGGAUUGGCAGGGAACAUCAAAAGGAUGAUACUUUAUUUCUUUCGACGAGAACGCUCUUCUCUCGAUCGAUCGAUCUGGUGUAAAAAGAGGCAAGCCAAUUAGGAGCAAAGUAUCUCGAGACGUGAACGAAAAGGUGCGAAAAGGGAACAAAAAGGGAACACUCCUAGGGAAAAGUCCAUUCGGAUAGAGGAAAAAGGGACAGAGAGAGAGUGAGAGAGAGAGAAAGAGAGAGAGAGGAAAAAAAAAAGAAAAAAAGGGAAAAAGGAAAAAAAAAGGAAAAAGACAUAAAAGGUGGGAUCGUUUGAAGAAAUGGCCGCUGGCUCAGCGGUGGCAAUGAUAGGAGCAAAUUUAAGGUUCGGUAUCGGCGCGUCCGGAAACGUAACAUCCAACGCCACCAAAGUGUUUCAGUGUCAUCCCGGUGGUGUUGCUGAAGCAACCGUUAUAUUUAGUCUUGGUGCCCUUGGAAUGGGUGCUAAUAUCAUACUCAUGUCAUUGAUAUUAGCGAAACGACAAUUGCGAAGAUGGUCUCAGGGCUUAUUAUUUCAUCAAGCCAUGGUGGAUUGUGCAAGAGCUGCAAUUUUAUUACCCCUGGGCUCAAGUAUUUUGAAUUGUCAGCCAGUUAACAAAUGCUCUCUAGUUGAAACAGCUUUCUUACUGCUUGUAACAGUUUCAACAGUGAAUAUGCUUACAACUGUGUUAAAUGAUAGCCCUGUAUUCCCUGAGAGCGAUGAGGAAGCUGAAUUAACUGCUCCUUUACUUAUGGACUCACCGCAGUGCGUAUUAUUUGGUACCUUUAUGAUAUGGUUCGCUAGCAUAACCAUAAAUCUUGGUCCGACGUUUCUAAGCGGUGCACUGGCAGCCAACACGGAAAGUGGACACAAUGCACCGAGCUGUCCACUGGUGCAUGGUCCCUUUCGUCACUACAUUCUCAACGUUCUUUGGAUCGUCAUAAAUAUAAUCUGUGUCGCACUAACACUCUUUCACUUACGAAAACUACACAGAGACUUGACAAAAGCUAAUGUAGAAGCGGUUCGUGUAGCUGGUCUUGUUACUACAUUGGUCAACGUCACUGGUGCUCACCAAAGAGGAUCGAGUACCGUUCCUUGUGAAGAUGACACGAACGAUGCUCGAACUCCAGUGACACCAAAAAGAAGCAAUGCCCUCGAGGAGCACAGAAAAAUGAGAAAUUAUUUGAGAAGAAUGGAACGGGAGGGUGUUCAAAGGGUAAAAAUGUUCCUGGUUAUUACUGCAGCGUACGUGAUAUUUUGGGGACCACUAUUUUUCGUCACGCUAGUGCAUCAUCCUAUCAUAGGAAACGCGAUUGGUUAUGAGGUCACUUUGCACAUAGCUUAUGUGCAUGCCUUCGUCAAUCCAGCCCUAUUUUUGACCUUACAUCGAGGUCUAAGACAAGGAAUGUCGGAUGUCUGUUGUACCUGUUGCGAGAGCAUAGCUCGGUGGAUUUUAGGUACUACGGCAAAUAAUACUAUUCAAAGUGUACAACCACCAAGAUAUGAGCCGCCAUUGAACGUACCAUCUCCACCGGAUCCACCCUUAGUACAACCUAUAUCAACAGCUGCUUGUGAUCUCACUGAUGUUGCACUUUUGAAACCACCUUUACCACCUAACGCUAAACAUCUAGUCGUUGAGGAUCAAGUACCACCAGAUCCGUGGAGUCUAAUUUCAAGACCGAAAAGUACGUCGAGUCUUUACGAGGAAGAAUUAUCAAGAAGACCUAGUCUUUUAUUACCACCACCGCCACAACUAAAUGAUUUACAAAUGACGAUGAGUCCUACUAGCAGCGAUCUACCCAGUGAAUGAAUCGACCUUCGAACUAUUAUAUCGAAUUUGUCAUACGUGUACAAAAAAAAAAAAAAAAGAAAAAAAAACAGAAAAAAAAAGAAAAAAAGAAAAAAAAGGAGGGAAAAAAAAGGAAAAAAAAAGUAAUCUCAUUUAAUCAAUGAAGUCUAUAAUAAUAUUGUAUUGUGAGAAAAUGGAUAAACUAUUUGUCCGCUGUGUAUCCUCGUAAAAAGCAAAAAAAAAAAAAAAGAAAGAAAAAAAGAAAAAAGAACAAAAAAAAUUAGGGGGAAAAAAAGAAAAAAAAAAAGAAGCGAAUUAAAUCUUUCUAAUCGGAUUAGAAACAAAGGAUUGUCAUCAAAAAAAAAAAAAAAAAAGAAAACAAAAAAAAACCAUAAUCGAUUUAGAAUAUGUAAACUUGAAAUUUCU